GGCCCCAAGCUCGGCUCCCUACCCCGAAGACAAGCAGAGCCUUAAAAUACAUACAGGAGGCCGCUAUAGCUUACCAUAAACAAGAGAUACUCACACCCGCAGACUCGAAGAAGGAUAUGACCGACCAAAUGUCGAGCUGAUAUAUGAAAAGUUAACUUGGCUCCAGAGCUGAGCGCGUGGGGGGACGAGGGGCACAUUAUAAAGACAGUACGGGGGCACCCUAAAAUCGAUGGGUCCGAACGUGUUAUAGAUAGCUUACAAAACGCGUGCCGAAUGAUUCUCCAAAAAUACCGUGCCUCCCUGGUUUAUCAAGGCGAAUUGAAGGCAAUCGUAAAUAGUGUAACGUUGCAGAGUAAUGGAAGAGAAAGAGACGGGGGAGAGCGAGCCCGUGGUCCACCCGUGUGCUGAGCAGACAGAUUCUCUCUCAUUAAUAAUAAGCGGAGAGGAGGAAGCAACACGAGAGCCCAGUGAUUUGGGACACUGUUCAAGAGAGGAAGACGGUCUGACCAAUGGCCACGUGGACAAUGACGGCGAUGAGGAGAUGGUUACCCCACUCUGCUCCCCGGGCACCAGCUACUGGAGUGUCACAGAGGGUCCCGACUCCCCCUUUCUCCUGUCCCCCGUCCCGGGCCCCUCUGGGAUCAAGGAGAGGGUCCAGCGCGCCUCCCGUCCCGGCUUCAGCCGCAUCCCGGGCCGGGACCACCGGCGCUACUACCACGAGUACUGGCGCAGCGAGUUCCUGAUGGACUUUGACCCCCGUCGCCACGGCAUGAUCUGCAUGGUGUGUGGGAGCUCGCUGGCCACUCUCAAACUCAGCACCAUCAAGAGGCAUAUUCGACAGAAGCACCCAGAUUCCCUGCUGUGGAGUGUGUCCGACAAGGAGGUGAUUCGCUCGGGCUGGGAGAGCCACCUGAGUCUGGAGGGGGGCCAGAGGUUGUACUGUCCGGCCGGAGGUGUGGUCGCCAUCUCGCAGGGUCAGGAGGAGCAGCUGCUGGACUGCGCACACCGCUCCACCGGGAAACCAGAUGGUAUGGUGACCCCCAAACUCCAGCCCCGAUCCACCACCCCAUCUCCCCAUACACCGGCCCCCCUCCAGCAGCAGGAGGAGCUCCCUGGGCCUUCGGCCCGGACUCUGGAGCGCUACCUGAACGACUCGCUCCACGCCUGGUUCCGACAGGAGUUCCUCAUGGAGUACCAGGCGGAGGCGGGCAGGCUGGUGUGCAUGGUGUGUGGCCGCCCGCUGCCCUCGCUCCACCUGGACCACAUCAAGAGCCACGUGCUGGACAUCCACCCUCAGUCGCUGGUCUACAGUUCGGAGGAGAAGCACGGCAUCCUGCAGACCUGGGCUCAGACGCAUGAAUCUGACCCCCUGAACGACUUCAUCAAGUCGGAGCCCAACACCAAAGACGAGAAAGAGGUUGGGGUGGACUUCUUCCAUGAUGACCUGGAGACCAUCCAGAUUGGCGCAGACAACGAUGAGGCAUUGUCCCAGAUACACGACAUGCCCAGGAAGAGGCGUCUCCUCGGGGGCUUCCCCUGGCGCCUGCGCCUGGACUACCUGGUGGCCUAUGGGCCUCAGGGUCGUGGCACCUUCUGCAUGGUGUGCUCCCAGGCCCUGCCCGUGGCCAAGGUGAGCAGCUUCCGGCGCCACAUUCAGGACUGCCACCCUGAGACCACCAGCCUGGCCCGGGAGGAGAGAGAGGCCAUGGCCGAGGCCUGGACCAAAGAGGCCCCGAUGGAAGACCACCUGGCUGUGCAGAUGAAAGAAGAAGUGGACCCUGGUGACAUCAUCAGCGUCCAUGUGUCAGGAGAGAUGGGUGAAAAGGCAGCACCGGACAACAACAACAACAACAACAACCACCACCGGACCCCCAAGAUGUCCGCCAUUCAGACAGUGAAGAAGGAGGAGGGAGUCGUCACCAUACCUGCCACUCUGGGACGCCAUGGACACUACCCGGGCAAGGACCAGCGGCGGAACUACCAGGUGCGCUGGCGGAUGGAGUUCCUGAUGGACUAUGACUGCCGGCGACACGGGCUGAUCUGUAUGGUGUGCGGGGCGACGUUAGCCACUCUUAAAGUCAGCACCAUCAAGAGACACAUCCAGCAGGUCCACCCUCAUUCUCUGGAGUACAGCUCUGACGAGAGACAGCAAGCCCUGCUCAGCUACAACCAGACAGCCCUGCACUUCGUCCACUCGGACGACUGUUUCUCCUCCCUGGACCACGGACACUCGGCAGUCGGAGAGACGGCCGCCAGCCUCUUCGUCAGUUAA